UAUUCUAGUGGGGGUAUGGUGUUUGUUGCUGGGUGUUGUAGGCUUUGGAAGGUUAGAGAAAACAAAGUAAAGCAUUUAUUUGGAAUUGGUUUGAUUAUGGGUGAAGAAGAAACGAAGACCAAAGUCCCUGACCCAGUGGCUAAUGGGACAACUCUUCCCGAAAAAUCUGUUGAAGUUGCAUCGGAGAUAAAAGAGGAAGAAGACAAUGGUAUAAAGGAAAUGGAAGAAGAUAAGAAAAAUGAAGAGAAAGUUGAGACUGAGAAGAUGGAUGAAGAUCAACGGGUCGAGGAAGACAAGGAAAGGAAAGAAGUGGAAAGUGAAGCAAUGGAAGAAGAUGCCAAGAAAGUUGAGGAGGAAAACAAAGAUGAGGUGGGUGAGAAAGUUGAGUUGAAAGAAGAUGCAGAGGAAAAAGAAGUGAAGGCUGAAGAAGAGUUGAAAGAAGAUGAAGAAGAGAAGGCUGAAGAAAGUCAAGAGGAAAAAGGUUCAAAGAAGUGCGGGAAAGUUAAAAAGACUGUGGAGAAAGUUAAAGGGAAGACAAGAAAGUCGGAGGAUAAGGAGCCAGAGCAAAGAACACCUCUCACUGAUCGACCUGUGCGUAAGCGGAAAUCUGUUGAAAGACUGGUUGCAUCUUUUGAAAAAGAUGUUUCUAGGGAAUUCCAAAUUGAAAAGGGCAAGGGUACUCCACUUAAAGAUAUUCCUAAUGUGGCCUUCAAGUUGUCUAGACGGAAGACUGAUGACACUUUCAGACUACUUCAUACUGUUCUCUUUGGGAGGAGAGGGAAGGCUGUUCAGAUUAAGAGUAAUAUUUCCAGAUUUUCUGGUUUUGUGUGGCAUGAUAAUGAGGAAAAGCAAAAAGGUAAAGUAAAAGAAAAGUUAGAUAAGUUUAACAAAGAAAAGUUAUUAGAGUUCUGUGAUGUGCUUGACAUACCAGUUAUGAAGGCUACUACAAGGAAGGAAGAUAUCAUUACAAAGCUGAUAGACUUUUUGGUUGCCCCUCAUGCUACUACUACUGUUCUACUCGCAGAAAAAGAAAAGUCAAGUAAGGGUAAAAAGCGCAAAAGGGCUACGAAUUCUGGAACUACAACUACGCAAUCGACCAGGAGUCGUAAAAAGAGUGAGGAUACUCAAAAAUCAGGGAAAAAGAACACUACUGAUUCAGAGGAUGAGUCUGAAGAAGAUGGAGAAGAAAAAGAAGAAGAGGAACAGAACGAAGAAGAGAGAAAGGAAAAUGGAGUUGCAGAAAAAUCUGAGGACGAGAUGCCUGAGAAUUCUGAAAGUGAUGAGAAAAAUGAAACUGAAGACGAAUCUGAAGAAGAUGCAAAGAAGAAACGGAAUUCAAAAGUAACAUCUAGAAAGCAGGAAUCUGCUGGAAAUGCUAAAACCAAGAAAAUCACAACUCCCAAAAGGUCUACCACACAGAAAAGAACCCUGAAAACAUCAUCUGCUAAAAACUCAAAUGCUGAUGAUGAUAGUGAUGAAAGUCCAAAGGUGUCUUCAAGGAAGAAACCUAAGAAACUCACCAAGGAGAAGUCUUCCACACCAACGAAAUCUGCCUCCAAGGAGAAAACCAGCAAAAGAGCUGUAAAGGGGAAGGACAAAGCUAAAGAGCAGAAACCGAAGCCAAGUGAUCAUGAACUAAGGGAUACAAUUUGUAAAAUUCUUAAGGAAGUGGACUUCAAUACGGCUACAUUUACCGACAUUCUGAAGCUUCUUGCAAAACAUUUCAAUACCGACCUCACCCCGAGAAAGUCAUCGAUCAAGCUCAUGAUCCAGGAAGAGCUUACGAAAUUAGCCGAUGAUGCCGGUGAUGAAGACGAAGAAGGCGAUGCCGAGAAAGAUGAAACCCAAUCUGCUGGUCAAGAGGUUCAAGCCUGACCCUACAGGAUGGAGUAGUAACUACAUGGAAACCAAAAAAACGUGUUGGUAUUGAUGUCUUUGUGCCAAUAUGUACUUUCUAGCUAUUUACUUAGCAGGCUUGUUUGUAAUCUAUUGUUGCUUCUUUCGGAGAGCAAAUUAGCAUUUAUGGAAUACUAGAGAGGGAAACUGGAGUCACUUAUCUGUAUUGCAGGAUUAUACAUUUAAUUAACAAUCUGUAGGUACUUUCACUAUCUGCAAACCGAAUAUUUGGAGUUACAGAACACAA